CAGAGCUUGAAGAAGUUGCAGGUCGUCAUUUUCUUGUCCGUGUGAAUCAGACAUUGCUCAAGUGUUGUUGCUGCUGCUGCUAAGAUGUAUACUUCAAUGAAGAAGAUCCAUAAGGAUAAAGGAGCUGAUCCCUCUGAAUUUGAGGAGUCUGUGGCUCAGGCUUUGUUUGACUUGGAGAACACCAACAAUGAGCUGAAAAGUGACCUUAAAGAUCUUUUCAUCAAUUCAGCAUUGCAAGUUGAUAUGUCUGGAAGCCGCAAGGCGGUUGUUAUUCACGUUCCCUAUAGACUAAGGAAAGCUUUUCGCAAGAUUCAUCUUAGGUUGGUUAGAGAACUUGAGAAGAAGUUUAGUGGAAAGGAUGUUGUUUUCGUUGCCACCCGAAGGAUAACAAGGCCACCAAAGAAGGGCUCGGCUGCACAGAGGCCAAGAUCGCGUACUCUGACUUCAGUUCAUGAAGCUAUUCUUGAGGAUCUUGUUUAUCCUGCUGAGAUUAUUGGAAAACGAACAAGAUACAGAGUUGAUGGAUCAAAAAUCUUGAAGGUGUAUUUGGAUACGAAAUCAAGGAAUGAUACUGAAUACAAGCUAGAGACAUUUUCGGGUGUUUACCGAAAGCUUUCUGGGAAAGAAGUUGUGUUUGAAUAUCCAGUUACUACCACAGCCACUACAGAGGCAUAAUCAAAUGAUUUGAAGAAGAAUCUGAAGAUCAGUUUUGACUUUGAGGUUUUUAUUUAGAUCAUAAUGCAAAAGGAAUACCAAUCUGACUUGAAUAUUGUCUCUUUAUUUGAUUCUUUAUGCCUGUUCAUCUUGAAAACAAAAUAUGCAUAGCUGCUAUCCUUUUCUUCUAAUUUGUUGUUUUAGUUGAUCAUAUAUACUGACUUGCUAACUUAGUUGAGUUUUAUCUUU